AUGUCCUACAACGAAUACAAUUCCAACAACGACCGGUCCGAGUACGGCGGCGGCGGCCGAGGCGGAGACAACUACUACGACCAGUCCAACGACUUCUCGGGCCGCAACCAGGGCCAGGGCUAUGGCCGUGAAGAGCAGGGCCAAAGCUAUGGCCGCAAUGAAGGCCAGGGAUACGGCCGCAACGAAGGUCAGGGAUACGGUGGUCGCGAGGAGCAGGGUCAGGGCUAUGGCCGUGAGGAGGGCCAAGGCUACGGCAACCAAGGCCACCACGGCCACCAGGAUCAAGGCCAGCAAGAGUACCGCGACACGCGCUACCAAGGCUCAGAGCCCUACUCCGGCGGUGACGACUUCUCCGCCGCCGCCCAACACGCCUCGCACCACGACAGCGGCAACAGCGACCUCUUCUCCAAUCUCGACGAGCAGCAUGCCGUGCAGGCCCACCAGGCUAUGUACAAUGGUGGCAAUGAUGAGGGCCAGACUCAUGACUCGAGCACUGUUGGUGCGGGUGCUGCUGUGCAGGCCUUGAAGAUGUUUACGGGUGGCGGAAGCAGUGAUGGCGGUAUGGAUAAGAAUAAGUUGAUAGGGAUGGCAAUGGCUCAGGCUGGAAAGCUGUGGGAUGAGAAGUCUAACAAUGGAGCUAACAUGUCCGGUGACAAGCAGUCUGCUAUCAACAAUGCUGCCGAGAUGGCUUUGAAGAUGUACAUGAAGAGUGGUGGUGGUGGUAUUGGUGGUACGGGUGGUGCCAGUGGCUUGAUGAGCCUGGCCAGCAAGUUCCUGUCCUAG